AAAUCGUCGAAUUACCCAAAUACCCAUCACUGCCCCACCCUCGCCAUGUCUUGGAUUCUGGGAAACCCAAUGCACCCCGGAAUUUGUCUAGUAUGGAAUGUAGGAUACUGAUAACAACUGUAUUAUUACGUGGCUACUGUACGUGGCAUAUUUCAAAGAAAACAUAAAAAAAACAUCUAGUCAAGUUUUUUUUCAGCCGGUUUUGAAUGAAGAAAAAUGUGUCAAUUAAUAAUUCUUGUCAGUGUAUAAACAAAUCAUAAUAUUUUGAUUUUAUAACAAAAAAAAAAUAAAAUUUAAAAAAGAUAAACAAAAUAUUGAAUGAUAUGAAGAAAAACAUGAAAUGGAAUAUAUGGACUUGUUCAAUAUUGUUGGCAAUAAAUUUGCUUGGUAUUGAUAAAGCUGAAUGUUUAGAGGUUGUUUAUGCAAUAAAUGCUGGUGGUGAUACAUUUAUUGAUAGUCAUGGCAUUAAAUACAUGCGUGAUCCAUUAAUGGAUAAAGUUGGUACAUCAUCAGAUUAUGGAAAACAAUUGAUAAUUGACAGAGUACAUCCAAUGGAUCAAGUACUUUAUCAAACUGAGAGAUAUCAUCACUCAACAUUUGGAUAUGAUAUUCCAGUAACUGAAGACGGAGACUAUGUUAUGAUAUUGAAAUUUUGUGAAGUUUAUUUUAACUCUGCAAAUAUGAAAGUUUUUGACGUUGUUCUAAAUGGUGAUCACACUGUUGUAACUGAGCUUGAUAUUUUUGACAAAGUUGGACGUGGAAGAUCACAUGAUGAGUACGUAUCAUUCACAGUACUGAAUGGUAAAUUAUUUUAUAAUGAUGCAGAUUCUGAAAUACUUGGUGGUAAAAUACGUGUUGAAUUUAUAAAAGGACAUCGAGAUAAUCCAAAAAUUAAUGCAAUUGCAGUAAUAAAAGGAUCAAUUGAUGAUGUACCACAAUUGGAUCCAAUUGUUCAGGAACCAGAAGAAUAUUCAGAUCUAACUGAAGAAGAAGAAGAAGUACCAGUUAAAAGUAGACACACAAGUGGACCCAGAACACCAGAUCCUUACUCAAUUGAUGAUUCAUCAAUAAUGAUACCGGUUUUUGUUGCAAUUGGGGCAUUUAUACCACUUUUAUUUUGUCUCUGCAAGUUGUAAAAAGUUCUAUGAAAUCUGAUAACAUGAUUAGUUUGUUAAAGUUAUCAUUGAAAAAAAAAAAAAAAAAAAAAACCAUCAAACUAAAUAUCAAAGAAAAAAAAACUGAUUGAAAUUAUUUUUUUUCAAUAGUUUCUUUCGCUUGAAUAAGCCUUAAAACCAAAUUAUUAUUUUUUGUCAGAAUUAACGAGAAUUAUCGGGUUGUUACUCAAUUAUUCAUCAUUAUCCAAUUUUUACGAUUACAAUAUUGUUUUUAUUUUAUUUUAUAUAUUUUUAUUUAUACUCAGCUCAUCGGCCUUGAUAGAAUAUCUAAGAAACCACAGCGAAAAUACAAAAAUAAUAUAUUUGAAAAAUAUAUAUAUAUAUUUAUAUAUAUAUGUUUAAAAUAUGCACUGAAGUACUUAAUCAACACAGUCACUUAAACUUAAUGAAUAUUUAUUUUUUUCGUUUUUUCUAAAGAUUAUAUAGUAUUUAUUAUACUUACUGGCUAAUAAGAAUACAAAGUACUGAUUAUUUGUAAAAAGAUCUGUAAUGGAUGUGCGUGAGAGUGAAUAAAAUUAAUAUUAAAAACUAUUGUUACAGUAAUAAAAAAUUAAAAGAAAA